AUGGCGAAGCCGUCACCAAGCGACCUGCCCUUUGACUUUUUCCAUAUUGACAGCGUGCAACGCGGCCCUGAGAACGACUACCUUGUCUCAGCGCAUCAUCUUGACACUGUGCUUUCUGUAAGUCAGACAGAUGGUUCAAUUCGCUGGCGACUGGGCGGAGCCAAGAACGACUUUGCGGACUUAUCAGGCGGUGCUGCGACACAGUUUCGACGUAAUCACCAUGCCAAAUGGUCGUCGGACGGUAUCAUAACGUUAUUUGACCAAGGAAGUCAUAGCGCCAAGAUGCUUGCUGUCGAUGUUAGUACAAGAACAGCGAUGCUUGUACAGGAAUACAAGGCACCGGAGCACAUGGCACUGUCGGCGUCGCGAGGAUCCGUGCAAGUUCUUGACAGCGGCAAUGUCCUUGUUGGCUGGGGAACUGUGCCGGUGGUGACGGAAUACUCUGCUGAAGGCGAGCUGCUCUGUGACACUCGAUUCGGCCCUCUUAGAAGCGGUUGGGUACAGAAUUACCGUGCGUACAAGUUCCCUUGGAAAGGUCGUCCGCAGACUGUGCCCGAUGUGGUAGUGGAUGACGCAGAUGCUGAAGAGCAAGAUGCGGUAUAUGUGAGCUGGAACGGAGCGACGGAUGUGAUUUCGUGGAAGCUGGAAUCCGCGAGCUGGACAGGCAGCAAAUGGACUGGCUAUCAGUUGCAUGAAGUGCUUGGAAGUGACGGGUUUGAAACCCGCGUGAAGCUGCCUGUGUCGGCCGGGCCGAUGAUCAGAGUGACGGCGCUUGGUGAGGGCGGUUCUGUUCUGGGAUGGUCCAAGGAUGUUUUGCUACGCAAUAGAGCACCUGCUCUCGUCAUGGAGCGCAAACGUCGUACUGCCAUCAAGGGCAUCGUCUGUUGUACCCUGGUAUCGACUGGAGCUCUAGCUCUUGCUGUAAGCACCAUCUGGAAGAUGAUCAAAAAGCGCAGGGCAAGACUUGGUAUGACAGGGCACCGCUACAUGCCCCUGUAUUCGGCGAAAAAGGGAGAUGCUUGA